UUGGUGUACGAACCAUAAAGACAUAUUGUACAAGGAUGCAAGAAGAGAACAUUCAACGAGCAAUCAUUGUUGUUCAAGCUGGAAUGUCACCCUCUGCAAAGCAGGCUUUGGUUGAUAUGGCUCCUAAAUAUAUCUUAGAACAGUUCCUGGAGUCUGAACUGUUGAUUAACAUCACUGAACACGAGCUGGUUCCUGAACAUGUGGUCAUGACUGCUGAAGAGAAGACUGAGCUACUGCAGAGAUAUAAACUGAAAGACAACCAGUUGAUGAGAAUUCAGGCCGGCGAUCCAGUGGCUCGUUAUUUUGGUCUGAAACGUGGCCAAGUUGUGAAAAUUAUCCGACCAUCUGAGACAGCAGGAAGAUACAUUUCUUAUCGUCUGGUCGUGUAACUCUUACUUGACGUGUGAGAUCAAUCUUGUGUUAUUUUCGUCUUUAUAAUUCUUUACAUUCAUGGAGUAGGUUUUUUUUUUUUUUUUUCAACAAGUCGGCCGUCUCCCACCGAGGCAGGGUGACCCAAAAAAAAGAAAGAAAAUCCCCAAAAAGUAGGUAUUAUACCCAUAUGGGUCAGAGAGCCUGAGGAAAUGUUAGGCAAUCAAGCUUGAUCCAAGGAAGGGGAGGUAAAGUUAAAUUACACAAAUAACCCGCACAUAAAAGAGAGAAGCUUACGACGACGUUUCGGUCCGACUUGGACCAUUGACAAAGUCACACUAACAGAGGUGGAGCAGGACGACUAUAUAUAGGCAGGAAGAGGUGGAAGUAGUAGUAGUAGUAGUAGUACAAGAAUUGUAUAUAAUACCGACAGGAUGAAAUUAAGACACAUGCACAACACCCGGGCAUCCCCAUCGUAGACGGGGAUGCCCGUCGUAAGCUUCUCUCUUUUAUGUGCGGGUUAUUUGUGUAUUGUUCCAGUCACGGUAUUGUGCCUUUUUGUUAUUUAAAGUUAAAUUACUUGGAUCAAGAGCCUUUCAGUGUCAAGGAACCUCCCUCGAGGGGCUUUCAGCUUUAGAAAAAUCAUCUGAGUGUACCAAGAAAGUAAUUUCACUAUAAGUACGAAGAAAACAUUUUUUUUGAUAAUGGUAAUAAAAUUUUGUAAGAAA